GAAAAUCCAGCUGUGUCCUCUUUCUUUCUCUCUCUCCUUCCCUCUCUCUCUCUCUCUCUCUCUGUGGAGCGGUCAGUUUUACGCGCGGGCUGCGGGGUCAGCACCAUGGAGAGCGGCGUGGUGCACAUCUACAAGGAGGACAAGUGUCCCUCGGGACAGCCGGAGGAGUGCAUCUCUAACUUCACAUGGCAGCCCGGCUUGUCGGACGUCUUCAACUACACGCCCAACGGCACCUGGGACGCGGAGCCCGAGCCCAUGUCGCCCAUCAUCCCCAUCAUAGUCGCCGUGUACUCCGUGGUGUUUGUGGUGGGCUUGGCGGGCAACUGUUUGGUGAUGUAUGUCAUCAUCAGAUACACCAAGAUGAAAACAGCCACCAACAUCUACAUCUUCAACCUGGCCGUGGCUGACGCUCUCGUCACCACCACUAUGCCCUUUCAGAGCACCGACUACCUGCUCAGCUCCUGGCCGUUCGGCAAGGUGGCGUGCAAAGUCUUCAUCUCCAUCGAUUACUACAACAUGUUCACCAGCAUCUUCACGCUGACCAUGAUGAGUGUCGACCGUUACGUGGCCGUGUGCCAUCCCAUCAAGGCCUUGGACUUUCGCACGCCCGUCAAGGCCAAGAUCAUCAAUGUGAUCAUCUGGGUGCUGUCGUCUGCCGCCGGCGUCCCCGCCAUGAUACUUGGCAGCACCAAGUCCAAUAAUGGGACCACAGAGUGUGCCCUACAGUUCCCUGAACCCUACAUCUACUGGGACACCCUGAUGAAGAUCUGCGUCUUCAUCUUCGCCUUCGUGGCGCCCGUCAUCAUCAUCACCGUCUGCUACACUUUGAUGGUCCUGCGGCUGAAGAGCGUGCGCCUGCUGUCCGGCUCACGCGAGAAGGACCGCAACCUCCGCCGGAUCACUCGGCUCGUGCUGGUGGUGGUCGCGGUCUUCGUGGUGUGCUGGACGCCCAUCCACAUCUUCAUCUUGGUCAAGGCGCUUUCGGGCAACGUGCCCGAGACCACCGCCGUCAUGGCCGCCUACUUCUUCUGCGUGGCGCUGGGCUACACCAACAGCAGCCUCAACCCCAUCCUCUACGCCUUCCUCGACGAGAACUUCAAGAGGUGCUUCAGGGACUUUUGCUGCCCCGGGGCUCAAGGACAUGGAGACUUGCACGGGGUGAGCCGGGUGAGGAGCACCCUGCGGGACCACUCGUGUCCCGCAGAAGGCCGGGUAGACACGAGGCAGGCCAGGAAUGUAUGACUAGCCAUGGACAUGUCCUCCAUGCCCUAUCAGGGCUGGGAGGACUCCAAUGACCUGGGACUGACUCAAAUCACCACUGCCAUCUAAGGAAAGGGAAAGUUGUAUAUAAUCAGCAUGUUGUCAGAGAAUCCAAGAUGUGGUCACUUAGAGGAUGAUCAGACAGUGUUUUACAGUUUUCUUAAUGUCAACAAAUCCCAUGAAGAGACCAAAACCAGCAGUGCCAGUAUAGACAAAAUCGGAUAAAAUAUACCCCCUCACCGAAAUAUAUUAAAAACAUCUGUGAGUCAACAAUCUCAUAUAUGUCAUCCUGCCGCCAGAAAUACUCAAUAGGCUCCAACAAAUACACAAUUUCCUCUUGUUUUCAAGGAUUUAUGAUGAUGAAGACACCAUAUUUUGGAAAACAGAAUAACAUUUCACAACAUGCGACAUUUCAGAAGACACGUUUCAAACACACAACAUUUCAUAAAAUGCAGCAACCUUUUACGAAACAAAGCAUUUCACAGAACCUAACAGUUUUUCUGAAAACACAGCAUCAUUUUAGGAAACACAACAUUUCCCCAGACAUUUUUAAGGGACAGGUCGGGUUUGAAUAUGGUACUUGUCCAUAGUCAGUGUAUUAUAACCUGAAGUGUUUUCACCCUCAAGGCCACCAUAUUUAUGACCUUAGUGAGACUGAAUGGGGAGAAGUCAGACUAACAUGUUGUCGUUUUUGGUCUUUUGUGGGAUUUGUGAACAUUUCGAAAAAGAAAAAAAAGAAAAGAAUAAAAUAGAGUAACAGAGAAUGUAUCCUUUAUCCUUUUAAGGUUAGAUUAGUCUACAUACAGAAGUCCUCUGCCAUCAGCGCCCAGCGAGAUACGAAAUCACAUGAUGGUGAUUCAUGAUGUAUAAAAUCCCUUCUGAAGAAAACUGACGCUUGAUGUAUUAAAAUUCUUAUUCUAAUGUUAUUUUCCCAUGCUGGUGACAUCAAAAGAUGAUAAAUGAUGUGGAAACAAGGCAAACCAGAAGUAUUUUAUCAUGUAGCUCGAUCACAUUUUGCUUGCCUGCAAAUUAACCCAAUAGGCUUUCACGUAAAGGUGAUUAAUGUAGUUCUCAUGUACAUAUUGAAAGAUCAACUGCAUCACUGCAUCAUGUUUUGAACGAUGGCGUUUUAUGUGAAUUGUGCUUUGCUGUAUCGUAAAUCUGUGGAUGGUACGUGUAAAGAGCCUCACUUUAGCUGUAAACCAUGUAGAAUAUAUAUACAACAACGUCUCAGGGAUCAUCCUCUGUAGGACGACGCCGAAUGAAAGCAUUUUUCUCCUCGACAAGAUGGCCGACAAACGUCAUCUGCCGCUUGUUACAGCUGAACUUUGUACUUUAGGAGGCUAUUUUUAUCUGACAGUGAUCGACGCCUUUAAACGUUUCCCUCUGCGACACCACGUCUCAUCGAUUGUUGUAAAUAGUGCCGUCGACCUGGUGUGUUCUCACCUUGUAUGAAACACUAGAACAUGUGAAAAACUGGGCAGAGGGCUCCAAGGCAACAGCUGACAUACUGUUUCUACACAACAGGGCUUUCCGUGGUUUGCGCAAUUUGAUGUUGAUAUAUACUGUAAAUCUCCACCCGAUGUGUUAUAUUUUCAACCUGAUAACUAUGCAUUUUUCAAUUUAUCCUUAUGACAAUUAGGCUUUCCCUCGGCAAAACAAAUAUUUUCUGUGAUUUUUAUUAUUUUUUUUAUUGUAUUGUAGCGUUAUAAGAGGCAUCAAACCAGAAAAGAUUAUUUUUUCUCAUUGUAAAGCUAAACAUUCAUGUAUUUAUCCGUCUAAAUCUGAUAAUGACACAGUAGUUUAUAGCAGAAAAUGUGUAUUUGUGCCUUUGUUUGUGUGCCUUAUCUUUAGCUACUUUGCUUGCUCUAACAGACCAGCAAUUAGCCACUACUUCACAACUUCUGUGAUGGCUCUGAAAAUAUAUCCUGGUGGGCUUAAUGCUGAAUGUUUUUGUGGUGUUAGCCCCACAAAUCCCCCUGUUGGCUUGGUUACAGCACGUGUGUCAUCUUAUACUGAAACUUACUGAAUGGACUUGAUUGUAUUCAUAGACAAACGACCGCCUUAUACAUGUGUAAUGUGCUGCAGCUUUCGACAUUGUAUCUGUUGGAUAUCUUUGCUGUGUCUUUAGGCUUUGAAUGUCAAAAACACGCUUCAACACACGCGCAACUAACAAACAAUAAAGCGGUAAAAUGUGA